AAUUAAGAACACAUGUAUUUGUUGUUUUGGGCACUCUGAACAUGCACCCCAAAUGACCACGCACCCUGAGUGGAAAGUGCACAAAAUGUGAAAAUAAUGAAACGCGCGGGAGAUGAUGCGAGGCAGCUCCCUGGCAGGGUCCGGUCCAGGAGCAGAAGUACCAAGUUAAACAGGAUCUCUCUCCGACCCACAUUUGUGUCCUCUGCAGACGACAGUGUGGAGACAACGCAGACACAGUCACAUCCCCCGGAUGCCCCUCUUCACCACAUACCUGAUGUACAUAUCCCGCCCCGACAUCCUGGUCGUGCAAGCAAUCAACAGCCUCCUUCGCGGCAGGAUGUGCAGAGGCAAAGUGGCAGAAGAAUCAUACAAGCUCAGAUACUUCAUGAUGAGUCAGCAUUAGCAGAAUGUCAGCCAAAUGCCAUGAAUCGGCAACCCACCAGAACAGUACCAAAGACAUCUCAACUAAACAAAAAUGAUUCACAUCAUCAUCCGAAUGUGUUAGGUGGUGGUGAGAUGGCUCAGGAUGCAAGUCAAACCAAUAAGACGCUUCCCAGGAAAUCUACUUCUCAAGAACGGAGUCCGGAUCUCACCAAGAUUCAUACCAGACUCCCUGACAGGUCUAAAAUUCAAAAUAAAUGGAGCAAAAUUACAUCAAGGACUUCACCAAGCACCACAGAUUUUCUGCCUUUGAAAGAAUCUGUAAUAAUUGGUGAAUCUCCGGGUGUGUGUUAUUGAGGCAAACGUACCAGUUGAAGAGCCUUCAGCGUACAAUGAAAGUCCACUGAUUGUCAAACACUCAAGUGAUCAAGUUGAAGUAAUUGAUACAAACCUUCAUCCCCUGUGCCAUGCUGAAACCUCAUCUCGGAGUGGGUUUUUUCCUCCCUACCCCAAGGACUUCUCCAGAUCGGGACUUUAUUGUUCCUUCCCGCCCUGCCCAGAAAAAGUGGAGAUCUCAGAAACCAGUUGAAACCGCAUCAAAGUCGCAAGCCAGAAAACUCAGGAGAAUUGUGGACAAAGUCAGUAUUCCAUUUUCAAAUCAAACAGCUACCACAAGAUUGGAUGAGAGCUCUGAAAGUAGAAAUGUUCUAUUCAAAAUGACAGAGCCAACUCAAUUUGGCUCAUUUCAAUCUGGACAUGUUUAUUCAAAGCAGACUCCAAUUUCCAAAAGUCCAAAAACAUUGUCUGGUCAAUCUCCCAAUUCCCUUCCAUCAUCAGACUGCUCUCCUCUUCAGCCAAAGGUGAUGUUGCAAAAUAUUAGUAAGUUUUUGUCAGUGUCAGAAUCAGAGUCUGGCUAUUCUGGCUGUGUGUCUGCAGACAGCUUAGAUUUAGCCCUGAGUAAUAUAAAGGGCCCACUGGACUUUCCCUACAACCAAGAUCGAAACUGCUACUCAGAUACUGACUCUGAGAUCAUACUUAACCGUGAUAGAAAAAAGAAGCUUCAUUUCAGAAAGAAAACUGACAAAGCCUCAUCUAACAAACACUCAGUUAAACUGAGCAAACGUUCGACCAGAUCUGACAAGGUAAAUGACUGCUUAGAUGGUCCCCAACCAUUUCAGGUUUCAGGUGUGGCAGAUUUGAGGGAUUUUGACUCUGAUGAAUACGAUGAAAACUGUAACCAUCCUUUUCGAGACAAUUAUUCUCUUGGAAGUCAAGGAGACAGCAGAGCAGACAUGGAUCAAACCCAGCAAGUGUCAGCUUUUCCCCCCAAAGUGAACGCCAAGACCUGUAUCCAUUACUCAUCACUCAGACAUGCUUUGUCAGAGGUUAG